CUCAUUGGUCACUGCACGAACCGGACAGUAAUUUCUAUCAAUUGACACUUUUUAUUUGUUUAGUAAUUUCCAAACAAAUACACAAGUUACCGACUUUUUACUUUCUGCGAUUCGAAGGGCUUUCUCUUGUCGAUUUACAUCUUCAAUGGCCGAGAUUGAACUUAAAACUGCUCCAGCUGAUUUUCGAUUCCCAACAACCAACCAAACUCGACACUGUUUCACACGCUACAUUGAGUUUCACAGGUGUGUAGCUGCUAAGGGAGAAGAAUCUGGUGAUUGUGGAAAAUUUGCCAAGUACUAUCGUUCCCUUUGCCCGGGCGAAUGGGUUGAGAAGUGGAACGAGCAGAGGGAGAGUGGAACAUUCCCAGGGCCGCUAUAAUGCAAAGCCAUGUCAAGAAUCAAGGCAUCCAUUGGUACUUCGUUCUGCAUUUACCUUUCCAUUUGAAGCUUUUAUCAGGUUAUUAAAGAUUAAUAAGGCAAAUCUUUGGCCAAGACAAGCUUUUUGCGGAGUUCCGACUUUUUUUCAAAUGUUCAUCCAUAUCAUUUGUUUGAUUGCUACAUAAAGAAUUUGUGGUUUUUCUUUGGGAGGUGCCUUUCUGUCUAUCUAUUUGUUUUGGGGCCUAGUGACCCAGUCUCUUAACAUCGAAUAUUUGGUUAUUUCAGUUUUACAUAAUUAAUUUUGUAAUUUGUUGAAGGAUGAUAUGAGUUUUCCUUGUCA